AAGAAGAAAAAGAAGCGUGUGUGUGUGUGAUAGUAUUUAACGACUUAUACGAUUCAGUUUUCUUUUCCCAGGGAGACGUCAACAAAGUUUCUGAGUGAGAUAACAUGGAAGACAACAACAACCAAGUGACAACAAAGUGCCACCAGAAAGGGAAUAAUGGAUUUAGAACGGACCGUGUGGUUGUGCGUAAAUUCGAAAGCGCUGACUAUCCGGACGUCGAGCGCAUAUUCAUUGACGGGCUGAUGGAGAUGGUUCCGGAUACCGCGUUUAGAGGGUUAAAACAUCACCCUGAGAGCCUGCUCCUGUACGCCGCUAUGACAAUUGUUUGUUUUAUUGUGACCAAGUCGUUCUUGCUGACUUGUUUGGUGCCUCUCGCUGUCCUGUGCGCGCGCUGCUACUACAGCAGGAGAGUUGUCCUUGGUUACCUGGAGCGCGCCAAACUCACGGAUAUGGGCGACAUCGAUGGACAUUACAUGAAAACUCCAGACUCCUGUCUGUGGGUUGCAGUGCUGGAGGGCAGUGUGGUGGGUGUAGUGGCGGCCUGUGCCCUGCGGGGGGAAGCUGGCACUGUGGAGCUGCAUCGCAUGUCGGUGGACCGGCGCUGUCGGCAACGUGGGGUUGGCGUUGCCCUCGGGCGGAAGGUUCUACAAUAUGCAGCGGACCGUGGCUACCUCUCUGUCGUCUUGGGAACCACGUCCUACUCGCCGGCUGCUCACCGGCUAUACCAGACUCUGGGGUUCCGAUGCGUCGGCGUCACCAAGGGAUACGCCACGCCUGGUGUGAGCCGGUCGGUACUGGAGCAGCUCUUCUACCGGGUCAGUCAUCACCACUACCGGAAGGACAUGACCGUUCACAAUACUAACACUCACAGCCAGCAGUGAACACAGAACAGGGAUGGAGCACGGCACGGAACAGGGAUGGAGCACGGCACGGAACAGGGAUGGAGCACGGCACGGAACAGGGAUGGAGCACGGCACGGAACAGGGAUGGAGCAUGGAACAGGGAUGGAGCACGGCACGGAACAGGGAUGGAGCACGGCACGGAACAGGGAUGGAGCACGGCACGGAACAGGGAUGGAGCACAACACACGAGUGCACAUGCCGGCAAACAUGAAUGCACACCACACACGCAAGCACACACUCUAACCCAACCCCCUGAGACCCUGAACUCAGAGCAUCUUGUUUCACCAUUUAGGGAAUGGAAGAAAAUCACCAGAACGUAAUGUAUGUAAUCGCUAGGUUAAAGGUAAAGAAUUGUUCGCAAACGUACCUGUUUCCCUUGUGAUUUGAAGAGGGUUCUGUUCAUUUCGGCAUGAUGCUCGGGUUUGUUUGAAAUGCUCUAUUUGAUCAUUCUUGUAAAUCCUUGCACAUUUUGCCGGCUAUUAUCUUCACUUGCAAAUCAAAAUACUCACACUGGACAAGAGAAAUCCAUCGGCUUCGUCAGUCUCCUCACUGUUAAAAUCCUAUGGUCACCUCAAGUGGGAUUCAAACUUUUUCAGUUUUGAAUUUUCCCGCCAGAGUUUCUGGGGACUUUUUCCGCAAUAAUUUCUCGCGACCACAACACACCCCAAAUCUAAUGAUACAACCUUCAAAUCUGUACAUGUCAAUGUUUACAUCAACCAAUAACCUUCAAUUCAUUACAUUUUCAAAAUCAAAAUAAACCAAUAAAUAUAUUUA